AUUCCCUUACUGGACCUGUACAGGGAGCAGAACAUCAAAGGCUGGUUUCCCCAGUGACACUGGUCAAACAUGAAUCUUCUAGGCGUUUUCUUAUUUCUGACGUUUUGUGGAAGAGGUUUGACUCAGGAGCAAACAUACGUCAUUUCAGCACCCAAACUUCUCCGUGUUGCGUCAUCUGAGAAGGUGGUGAUCCAAGCCUUUGGAUAUGAACAGGAGUUUCCGGUGACGAUAUCUGUUAAAAGCUUCCCGGAUAAACAGAUUAUUUACGCCCAGGGUCUCACUCAGCUAACUCCUGCCAAUCAGUUCCAAGGUUCUGUAACUGUAACGAUUCAACCUAAAGAUUUAUCAAGCAGAGAUCCCAAGAAUCCAGUACAAUAUGUGUAUCUGGAAGCAACUUGUCCACACUUUACAAAAGAGAAGAAAAUGCCCAUUACUUAUGAGAAUGGAUUUCUCUUUAUUCAGACCGACAAACCUAUUUAUACUCCCGAUCAGUCAGUGAAGAUUCGGGUCUAUUCCUUGAACGAAGAACUGAGGCCAGCACGAAGAUCCGUCACCUUAACUAUUGUGGAUCCCGAUGAAGUAGAAGUGGAUAUUAUAAAUGAAGACGAUGUCACCGGAAUUGUAUCUUUCCCUGACUUCAAAAUUCCUCCGCACCCUAAGUAUGGUAUUUGGAAAAUUAAAGCCAAGUAUCAAGUGGAUUUUGCAACCUCUGCUGAUGCAUUUUUUCAAGUUAAAGAAUACGCAAUGCCAAGCUUUUCUGUCACUAUAGAACCGGAAAGCAACUUCAUCAGCUCUCAAAAAUUUGAAAUGUUCAGGAUUACUAUCAAAGCCAGAUAUUUUUACAACAAGGCAUUGGCAAGUGCACAAGUUUAUGUCCGCUUUGGAAUACUUCAAGGGAACCAGAAAACCAUGAUGCCCAAAGCCUUGCAACACCGUGAGAUGGACCAAGGAGUUGUGCAGCUUAAUUUUAACAGCAAAUUGGCUGCCCGUGAAAUAGGCUAUAACGGUCUUCAAGAGCUUGACGGUGCAAGACUGUACAUUGCUGCUUCAGUGCUGGAAAUCAGUGGUGGCCAUAGCGAAGAGAGCGAAUUGUCCAGCACCAUGUACGCCCUGUCUCCUUACAAACUGAAUUUGGUCGCUACUCCUCUUUUUGUGAAACCUGGACUUCCCUAUUUCAUUAAGGUGCAGGUGAAAGAUACAGUGGAUGCGCCUGUUGGACAUCUACCCGUAGUAUUCACGGCUGCUGCCUUCAAUGAGGAACUACAAAAGACUGUGUUAGUUGAAAAAGGCACAGAGUCCGGGAGACGGCAAACCAGCCAGGUUGAUGGAAUGGCUUUAUUUGUGGUUAAUAUUCCUCUUGGCACCAAAAUACUGGAAUUUGGAGUAACAACCGCAGAUACCAGGUUACCAGAAGAAAACCAGGCCACUAAAGUUUAUGAGGCAAAAUCAUACAUUUCCCUCAGUGGAAGCUAUCUGUAUAUUGACUGGGCUUCAAACCAUAAAACACUCCUUGUGGGAGAAACUGUGCACAUGAACGUAUAUCCAUUAAGCCAUUACAUCGAUAAAAUACAUCACUACAGCUAUUUGAUCUUAUCCAAAGGGAAAAUUAUAAACUACGGGACUCAAAGUAGGGUCAAAGACACCAAUUAUCAAGGUCUGCAGUUUCAGCUAACUAAGGAAAUGGUUCCUUCCGCCCGCGUCCUUGUCUACUACAUAGUCACAGGAGAGGGAGCUGCUGAGCUGGUAGCAGAUUCAAUCUGGUUAAACGUAGAACAGAAAUGUGGGAACAGCCUUGAGGUUCAACUGGUGAGAAGAAGAAGCACUUAUAAACCAGGAGAUGUCAUUUCACUUUCCAUGGAAACCCAGUUUGACUCUCUUGUUGCGUUGUCUUCUAUGGACAAGGCCAUUUAUGGAGUUACAGAAACCAAGAAGAAACCCAUGGAAAAAGCUCUUCUGAAAUUGGAAAAUAAUGACCUUGGGUGUGGCGCCGGUGGAGGACAAAACAACGUGGAUGUGUUCCGAAUGGCCGGGCUCACCUUUCUGACCAAUGCCAAUGUUGACGACUCAAAAGAAGCAGAUGAAGCUUGUCAUGCUAUCUUAAGAUCAUCACGGUCCACCAUCAGCAGUCAAAUUGAAAACCUAGCGUCCAAGUUUCAACAUCCAGAGGUUCAGAAGUGCUGUAGGUCCGGAGCAGCACUGUAUCCCAUCACGGAGACCUGCGCUCAAAGACUCAGUCGCGUGAAGGCGGGCGAAAGGUGCAAGCGGGCCUUUGUCAUGUGUUGUAACUAUGCGACGGACCUGCGCCGUAAUGAGACGCACAAAGUUUUAUUGCUGGCAAGACAAGCUUUUGCUGCUGUUUUGGAUUUGGAGCCAGAAGUCCGAAGCUAUUUUCCCGAAAGUUGGCUUUGGGAGGUCCACCCAGUUCCCAGGUUAAAGACUCUUCCUGUGACCCUGCCUGAUUCUCUCUCCAGUUGGGAAAUACAAGGUGUUAGCAUUUCAGAUGAAGGUAUCUGUGUUGCUGAUGCGCUUCAAGUGGAGGUUGUAAAAGAGGUCUUCAUAAACGUGCAUAUUCCUUACUCUGUAGUCCGCGGAGAAGAAAUUGAAUUGCGAGGAACGGUUUACAAUUACAAAGCCUCUAUGAUCAGGUUUUGUGCGACCGUCAGUGUGAGCAAAGGAAUCUGCCUGUUUGGUGAUGCCACCACCAACCAGCACGGCGUACAAAACACCAGAUGUGUCCGUCCCAAAGAACUCCAAGGCUUUUCCACUGCCUUAGUAAAAUUUAAGAUUCUUCCUCUGGAAAUAGAUGUCCACACCAUCAACUUCACGCUGAAAACUGGUUUCGUCCCUGAAAUCCUCGUGAAAACCUUAAGAGUUGUGCCUGAAGGCAUUCGAGAGGAAAUCCAUGAAGGUCACACUCUGGAUCCACAAGGUGUUUAUGGCACCGUAAAACGACAACACGACUUCCGUCACAGGACGCCAACAAAUAUUGUCCCGAAGACAAAACUGUACAGGGCUGUGAGUGUAAAAGGAUUCCUUCUGGGUGAAGUGAUUGAAGCAGCUGUCAGUCCUGAGGGGCUCACACUUCUUGCUAAUCUCCCGAGGGGGAGUGCGGAAACUGAACUUAUGAACAUCGUGCCAAUGUUUUAUGUCUAUGACUUCCUGGAAAGGACUGACAGUUGGGACAUACUUGGCCCGGGAAGUAUAACUCCAAGACUUACCAUGAGGAGGAGGAUCAAAGAAGGGAUCAUCAGCGUCCUGUCUUACCAGCAGAAAGAUCACUCUUUCAGCAUGUGGAAGAACGGAGAGCCCAGCACCUGGCUGACAGCUUUCGUCUUAAGGAUUUUUGGACAAGUUCACCAGUAUGUGCCCAUCAAUAAGGAUUCUGUGUGUGAUACCUUGACAUGGAUGAUUGACAUUUGUCAAAUGGGGGAUGGAUCUUUCAGGGAGAUUGCAACUUAUCGGCCAGUAAAACUGCAGGGGACGUUGCCGAACGAAAAGAAAGAAAAUACGUUGUACCUCACGGCCUUUGCUCUGAUUGGAUUUGAAAAAGCAAUUCAUUUAUGCCCAUUGCUGAGAAUUGAAAACGCUAAAAAUAAAGCUGCCAAUUAUUUGCUGCAGAAUUUCAAAUCUGCACAAAGCACAUUCUCCUUGGCCAUAGUUACUUAUGCGCUAACUCUGGCAGAGGACAACCAGCACGCUGCACGUGCAGCCUACAAUUUGCUGAAGAACGAAGCCUUCGUGAAAGUGGGCCCACCUAUGUACCGCUUUUGGAAAGAAACGUCCAAGAAAAUAGAUCCAACCACUCCCUCUGAGGACAACGCCAGGAUGGUGGAAACCACUGCCUACGCUUUGCUCACCACUCUGCUGCAAGGAAAUAAAGUCUACGCCAAUCCGAUCGUGCGGUGGUUGUCAGAACAACAGAGAUACGGAGGUGGCUUUUAUUCCACACAGGAUACGAUCAACGCCCUAGAAGCCCUGACUGACUAUUCCAUCCUCGUUAAACGGCUGGACCUGGACAUGAAUAUCAGAGUGGCCUACAGGCGUUAUGGCGACUUCCAUCACUACAGGCUUACCAGAAACAAUUACAUUGGCAAGUCUGUGGAAGCUCCUUUGGAGGAUGACAUACAAGUGCGCACGGGCAGUAACUCUGGAUUAGCAAUAGUGAACAUGAGGAGCGUGUAUUAUAAGAGCAGUACCUCUGAAGACUCCUGCAACUUUGAGCUGAAGAUUGAUGUAAAGGCACCUGAAAUGUAUGGCGAACUCGUGGAAGCUUCCUUCGGGUCCCGCAACGAAGUCAGACAGUUGACGGCCUGCGCAAGGUACAGGCCAAGUCGGUUGGAACCAUGGACUGCCUCCUCCCACGCGGUGAUGGACAUUGCCCUAGUCACUGGAUUGGAAGCAACGGCGGAAGAUCUAUCUGUUCUUGCAAAUAAUGUCGACCAGCUGAUUGCAGAUUAUGAGAUAAACGACGGACACGUUCUGGUGCAUUUAGAUUCGGUUCCAGGAAGCAAUUUCCUGUGUAUUGGUUUCCGAGUAAUCGAACUAUUCCGUGUUGGGAUGGCAAGCCCAGGCAUCUUCACUGUGUACGAAUAUCACACCCCUGAAAAACGGUGCACCAAAUUUUACAACGCUUACGGAGAAGAAUCCCUUGUAAGACUGUGUGAAGGCACUGAAUGCCAGUGCCUGGAAGCGGAAUGUGGGCGCAUGCAGGCCAGACUAAGCCCAUCCAUAAGCAGCGACAUACGGAGGGAAGAGGCUUGCAAGAAAAACAUCGCAUAUGUCUAUAAAGUGAACAUCCUGGCCUCCAGGGAAGAAGGAAGCUUCAUCAAAUACUCUGCAAUUCUUCUGGAUCUCUACAAAAGAGGGGAGGCUUUUGCCGAGAAGAAUGCAGAAAUCAUCUUUAUUAAAAAGAAUUCGUGCCGUGAUGUUCAGCUUAACCCAAGAGAGGAUUACCUGAUCAUGGGCAAAGAGGCUUUGAAGUUGGGAGAAGGCAUCAACGCCAAAUUCCAGUAUCCUUUAGAUGCCAUGACUUGGAUUGAAUGGUGGCCUUCUCAGAGUUCAUCUUGCAGUUCUUGCCAAGAUUUUAUCGAUUCAAUGGAAGAGUUUGCAGAAGAUCUUUUUAUCAAUGGCUGUUAAGCUACUGGAGAACUCCUGUGGACAACUGACUUUCAAAAUUUGCCUUCCUAGAACCUACAUUUCUAUGAAUCUUCCUGACCUUCCAUGGAAUUCAUAGCUGGAUCUGCCUACAUAUUGGGGGUGGGGGGGUGGAAGCACUUUUGGAGGAGCAGAAAAUACCUUUGUUUGUAUAUAUUAGAGAGUUACAUGUAGGAUUAACAAAGAUCCUUGAAACCACAUGCCAUGAAAUGGAAAAUACCAAAAGAGAAAGGAUAGAGAGAAAAGGUGUUGUACACCUCAGAUAAUAUUGCGAAUGUUUGGAAUGUAGGUGUUUCAUAUCAGACACAUAAUAUAUUGACCAACAGUCAUCAGCAGUCAAUAGUAAUCCAUCAAGAACCCAGCAGUUAUUACAUCUGUCUACCCUUUGCACUCGAAUAAAAGUUAGCACUUUU